AUGUCGAAGCUCAAAUGGAUUCUCGACAAGGUGACGGUGGCCAACGAGCCCGGGCUCACCAGUGCCCAGUUGAUGCUCACAAAUGAUGACUUGCGGCCAGUCGAACCAGAACGCCGCCAAUGGAGAUGGCUGAACUAUAUUGCAUUUUGGAUUGCGGAUUCUCUGAACAUUAACACCUGGAUGAUCUCAUCUUCCAUGAUUGUUGAUGGCCUCUCAUGGUGGCAGUCGUGGAUUUGCGUCUGGAUCGGAUAUUUUAUCGCCGCAGCCUUCGUUUGCCUGACAGGUCGCAUUGGUGCUGUCUACCACAUCUCGUUUCCCGUCACAGUACGGGCAUCGUUUGGAAUAUGGGGAUCUUUCUGGCCCGUCAUUAACCGGGUGGUCAUGGCCAUCAUCUGGUACGGUGUCCAGGGCUACAUUGGAGGCGAGUGUGUCACCCUGAUGAUCGAGGCCAUCUGGCCUAGCUACAGGAAUCUGCACAACGGCCUUUCCGCCAGUGCCGGCGUCGACACCAAGGGCUUCCUCAGUUUCUUCCUCUUCUGGCUCCUUUCCCUGCCGGCCCUGUGGUUCCCGGUGCACAAAGUGCGCCAUCUGUUCACUGUCAAGGCAAUUUACUCGCCCAUUGCCGCCAUCGCUUUCUUUGCCUGGGCUAUUGAGCGGGCUAAUGGCAUUGGUCCCAUCAUCCACCAGCCUAACACCGUCCACGGAAGCGCCCUGGGAUGGGCAAUUGUCAAGGCCAUCAUGACAUGCAUCGGUAACUUCGCCGCUCUCAUCAUGAAUGAUCCUGAUUUUUCUCGGUUUGCCAAAACACCAAAGGACGCUUUGUGGUCUCAGCUGUUGACAAUCCCUAUCGGAUUCGGUGUAACCUCGUUCAUCGGUAUUAUCGUGUCUUCAUCUUCCUCGGUGAUCUUCAACACCGACCCUGUCUGGAACCCACUUGACCUUCUCGGCAUGUUCCUGAACGGAGCUAGCUCUGGCCAACGUUUCGGUAUCUUCAUCAUCGCGACUGGAUUCGCACUUGCUCAGUUGGGAACCAACAUCUCUGCCAACUCAGUCUCUGCUGGAACGGAUCUGACGGCUCUUCUGCCUCGUUACCUCAACAUUCGUCGUGGCAGCUAUAUCUGUGCCGCUAUCGGUCUGGCUAUGUGCCCAUGGAACCUCGUUGUCUCCUCAAAUCAGUUCACCACCUACCUGUCCGCUUACUCCCUUUUCCUCUCCGCCAUUGCCGGUGUCAUGAUCUGCGAUUACUAUAUCGUUCGCCGCGGCUACCUCGAUAUCAAGGCCUUGUACAGCGCCAAAAAAUCAGACCCCUACUACUACACGCUCGGAUUCUCCUGGCGCGCCUACGCAUCCUAUUUUGCUGGAAUUCUCAUCAACAUCGUUGGUUUCGCCGGCGCAGUGGGACGUGAAGUUCCCGUCGGCGCACAGUACAUCUACAACAUCAAUUACUUCUCCGGAGUCAUCGUCUCCGGCGGCAUGUACUGGAUCCUGACGAAGAUCUUCCCUGUUCCUGCUGCCAGCGAGACCUGGAACGAAGUCGAUAUUGACAUCGACGAGUUCCAGGUUGCUUAUGGACAGGAAAUCAGCGACGAGGAGAACCAGGGAUACGGGGAACGAAGAUCCAUCUCGGAUUCUUUGCCACCCGACGAUCAAAAGGGCUUGACCGCGGCGUCGAAGAAGGUCUGA